AGUUUAGUUGCGAGCAGAUAUUCGCACAGUUGAGUUCGUGUUACCGCAACGUCUUCAUUUGGACUACAUAUUCUCUCUGCACAUCUUCGACUAUAUAAAGCAGCACAUAUUGUGUAAUUCUUGUUGGCUGGUGGCGACAUGCAGGAUCAGAAGGAUAACACUGAUACGCCUGCAGGGCAGGCGGUAAGUCGGGAUCUCGCGCAUAUGCCCGCCUGCACAUGUUCACUCAGCGGAGUACAAAAAAUAAUAGAUGAAAUAGAAGAAUUCUGUUAUCAUAGUACAAAGGAAUAUAAUGAAAUACUUUCAAGAUUAAAGGAAACGUUUACACAGGAGUUUAUCAAUGAAAGUGCAACAUCUUCAAAAAAUCCAGAAAGGACAAAUACAUGGUCUGGGCGCUGCAGAUGUCAUACAAAUGAUAGUUGUGUAGAUGCUCACUGUAUUUGCCUUAAAAAUAAAAAACCUUGUACUAGUAAAUGCGACUGUCAUAAAUCAAAAUUGAGAUGUUUCAAUUGUGUUGCAUUAAAUGACGAUCCAAAUGCGUCAAAGCCAAGGAAGUCCGUAUCAAAAAAAAUCAAGGUUCUUUGUAGUAGAAAAACGAGAUCCACCAGGAAGAAAAGUUUAGAAAAUAAUACAACACAGAGAACAGAGACCAGCGCGAAUGUGACACACACGAAGAUAAAAAGGAAAGUUCCAAAUCGCGUUGAUGCGAAGAUAAUGCCGCCAAUUGCGAUGAAGCGAAAACGAGAUAGACCGCGCAAGAAUCAAGAAUCUAAUCUCGAUUCCUUGUCGCGGCUGGAGAAAACGGACGACCCGCCAUUAUUAGAUGAGAAAGGAAAGCCAGGCAUUCCCGGUCUUCCGGGCGCUGACGGAUCUCCUGGACAUCCGGGCAAUCCUGGAAUCCCAGGUAUAAAGGGAGAACAAGGUCCUCCGGGCUCACAUGGACCAGUAGGGUUUCCAGGCGUUCGAGGUGUAAAGGGUGAUGAAGGGCAACGUGGCGUACCGGGUGAACGCGGCGAACAAGGCGAGAGAGGUUUGGAGGGUGAGAAGGGCGACACUGGAGCGAAAGGAGAACCCGGAGCGACAGGUCCGCAAGGUAUUCCUGGCCUCGAAGGUUUGGAAGGGCCGAAAGGUUUCGAGGGGCCUCGUGGUGAAACUGGGCCUGCUGGUUUGUCCGGAGAGAAGGGAAAGAUAGGCGUACCGGGAUACGCUGGCUAUCCCGGAAAUCCUGGAGAAAAAGGAGAUAAAGGGCAACCGGGAAAUCAAGGACCAAGCGGCGAUAAAGGAGAAAGACUAGAAAUCAAAUCCGGAUCUCCACGUUUGCCGGAUGGCUGUCCUGCCUUUAGACCACCGAGGCAUGUGAUAAUAUUCACCGCAACAAACAAUCUAGCGCGUUUUCAAGCCGCGAAAAUUCAAUAUAUAUAUUGA